AUGCGCUUCGUCUGGGUCCACGGGAGCUACAUGGAAGCUUUGGAUCGCGAUCUUCUCGCCGCCGCCCUCGAGCUUCAAGACGAACUGCUCGACGUCACCGAAAACUUCAAUCCCCUGGGCCAUGCCGGCUACGAACCCUUGCCUGAAACCGAUACGGGCGACUUUGACCUGUCACCCGGCCAGCGAGACUCGGUACACGCCAUCAAUGGCAUGACCAACGAAUCCUGGUUCUUCAACUCGCCACUCCAGUACUGGGGGUGCUCCAGGCAACGCAUACUAGCUGACCCGGACGUCGUGUCAACCGUCAAUGACAUGAAGAACCUGACGACAACCGUUAAUGUCACCUUGCGCCACUCGGUCGUCUUCAGUGGCAAACGAUUCCAGUACCGCCGACUUCUGGCCGCCGACGCCCUGGUUAUCACUCUGCUGCAUCUCAAGGAUUCCCCGGUCGGCCAACAGUGGGAGCGCAAGGCGGCUGCCCUAGCUGAGAGAGUGAGCGACAGGUGGGAUGUCUACCCGCCCGACGGUCGCAUCUCGACCAGCCGACCCUAUGAAUUCCAGUUCCGCCCGAUGUCAACCCAGGAUACCUUGACUCUGACUCUAGCCUACGGCCUUGCCAUAAGCUAUUUCGUCAUGAGUCUGUUAAAGGUGCGCGCCGUCAAGUCCAAAGUCGGCAUCAUGAUUACUGUCGUGACACAGAUCAUCUUUGCCAUCAUGUCGAGUUUCACCGUAUGCGCCAUCUUCAAUAUUGAUCUCUCCAGGAUCCCCCGCGCGGCCUAUCCGCUCGUCAUACUGGCCAUGAGCUUGGAAAACAUAUUCAGGCUCAUCAACGCAGUCAUUCAAACCCCGUCAGAAGACAGCACCGCCAGCAGGAUUGGGCAUGCCGUUGGCGAGACAGCACCCGUAGCCUUGAUCAGUACUUCGCAGAACGUGCUCAUCCUCAUCAUUUUGUCUCGAAUGGUGUCGUCAGGUGUCUCUGCCUUUUGCAUCUUCUUGGCCGUCGCCAUCGUCUUCGACAUCUUUUAUCUCUCGACCUUCUUCCUGUCCGUCCUUAGCGUCGAUGUGCGGAGGACGGAGCUGAGUGAUGCGUUGGCCAAGGUUUCGAUGCGGCAGCAUCGCCAAAUUCCCGAGGCUCGGGGGUGGACCUGGAUCGAGCAGGUCAUACACGGCAAGACGGCGCUCUCGACACGGAUCGCGGGGACGUUCGUCAUGUUUGGCUUCAUUGUCAUCGCACAGUGGCAUUUCUUCCAGCAGCAGGUCAUGCUGAACUCGACAAUUGAGCUGUUCUGGAACUCUGCUACGAGCCUGUUUCGCUCCUCCAAUGCAUCUAUGCUCGAGGGCAUUAACCAAGCGAGAAGCCCGACAUCGUGGCUACGCCUCCAGGACCACGAAACGGCAAAGGAGCUCAUCAACGUCGUCAAACCUUCGGCCCACAGCUACAUUGCCCAGGUUUACGACCCGCUCGUCUUUGUCAAGAAGGGCUCAGAUAGGACACGCCGGAACAGCGAACCCCCUCUUCUCCCUGCCUACUACGACUUUAUCAAUCAUCAACUGACGCAGUUUGUCGUCAUUGUUGUACUGAUAGUAGCCGCCUUGCGCCUCCUCAUCAGCUAUCUGCUGUACGAGGACGAAGCUAACAUGGAAGACGAACGGGACUACGAAGACCUGCCUCUUCUGUCAGUCAACCACCUCCCCGAGGGUCAUUCCCUGGAUAUUGCCCUGAUGGGCAGCUCGACCAGAGGCCACGUUAUUUCAGUAGGCCUCGACCGCAGAAUAUGCGUGUGGAAUAUCCGCUGCGGAAAGCCACACUACACACUGCCUGAUAUAUCGCCUAGGCCUGAUGGCAUUUUCCCCGUCUUGGGUGUGGCGACGGAUGAUAGCUCCAAGUGGUUGGCCAUUGUGUCGCCGUCCCGAGUCACCUUUUGGAGUCUCGCCGACCAGAAGUGGGGUCCUUCAGCUUCGGUGAGACCCCUGGCCCAACGGCCAGAGGCCGUGUUUUUUGCACCCAAGACGCCCCACGAGGCACCGCGUCUAGUGAUUGUGCGCCGCACUGGCACCGUUACAGAGAUGUCGGUGGAAGAAGGGUGUCAGCCUGUAGAAUCUGUCAUCUGCGAGUCCUCAGUACAAUGCGCUGAGCCGCUGAUUAUACGAGGGACCGCUCAGCAUCCGCCACGGCUGUUCAUCAUCUCGGCGUCAAAAACAGGAUAUGUACAUGUGUCGCUGCGGACUGAGGUGGGGUGGAAGGCGCGCCCACUACCAGUUUCUCUACCAGGCGAAGCACGAGAAAAGGUGCACCAGAUAGUGGCGAUGCACUCGCUAGGCCUGUUCAUCGUGGCCACGAGCACGCAUGCUCACAUCUUCAACGUCGAAGACUGCGAGACGCUGUAUACGGCAGAAAUGCAACCGAUGCGCCCGCGAUCCCUCGAGUGUGCCUACACAACGCAGCGCAUCGCCCAUAUCGAUAUGCCGAGUAUCACGUCGGCGACAAUGACGUAUGUGGAUGCGGCUACGGGUGACUGCAUUUUGCACACCUUCACCCCGUCAGAGGACUGGGACGCCAUCGGACUACGGGCCCCUUCUGGAGCCACCGAUGGCGAGGGCUGCGAGUGGAUUGAUGCUACAGUGACGAAGCGCCGUGUCAGGAAUCCAGGCCACUACAGGACCCUAUCGGACGGAAGCGUAGUGGGCAUCCGGCGCAAGCAGAAGGAAUCGUUGCCAUGCUCGCCCAGCGACUCCCCCACCUCCCAGUCGGUGGCAGAAGGCGGCCUGCGCAAGAGGUUCUUGUCCAGCCGUAACAGUAUCUCAUCAGGAUCAGGAAAUGACGCGGCAUCCCUGCCAGAGUGGGAAGUAUGGACGAUAUCGCCCAGCAACCGCAUCGGGGCAGACGAGGAGGAGCCACUGUUCAAAGCAGACGAGCGGUCAAGCCACCUGCUCAUAUCGGAUAUAGGACCCAAGGUGACGGUCGGUCUCAUGUCCGUGGCCUUUUCAUUUGGGAACGUCGUCAAGGUUGUCACGGUGGGAGGGACGGAACGCUUCGACAAUAUGGACCAGGAUGAUGCCCACGACGUGUUCAAUAUAGGGCAUAGGAGGAGGAAGACGGCUGCUUCAUGGAAGCUGAAAACGUGGAGUUGA